AGACGAACAAGCAAGCAAGAACUAAUAACUUGCUGCAAUGUCUUCCAAGCUAACACUUCCGUUUAUCUUUUCCGCUCUCAUCUUCCUCAUCCACCUCAACUUCUCAUCCGGCCAAACCGUCGUUAAAGCCGCUUACUGGUUUCCCGACAGUGGCUUCCCGGCCGCCAGCAUAAACUCCAGCCUUUUCACUCAUCUCUUUUGUGCAUUUGCCGAUCUCAAUGCCACCACCUACCAAGUCACAGUUUCGUCCUCCAACUCCGCCCCGUUCUCAAGCUUUACACAAACAGUCCAGCAAAAAAACCCUUCUGUAAAAACCCUGUUGUCCAUCGGUGGCGGAAAUUCCAACCCCGCCACCUUUGCCGCAAUGGCUAGCCAGGCUACCCGGCGUAAAGCGUUCAUUAACUCCUCCAUCACGUUAGCGCGGAGUUACAACUUCCAUGGCCUUGACCUUGACUGGGAAUACCCAUCCUCCACCACGGAGAUGACUAACUUCGGUACCCUUCUCACGGAGUGGCGAACUGCCGUGGCAAAUGAGUCAAAAACCACGGGCAAGACCGCUUUACUUUUAGCCGCUGCUGUUUUCCGCUCUGCGGAUUACUACAGCAUAAACUACCCCUUCCAGUCCAUAUCAAACAGUUUGGACUGGAUCAACGUAAUGGCUUACGACUUCUACGGCCCCGGUUGGUUCCCAAACAACACUGCGCCACCCGCGGCGUUGUCUGCGAGUUCCGUUAACGGGGAUGCCGGAAUCACGUCGUGGAUUAAGGCAGGAUUGGCUCCCAAAAAGAUAGUGCUAGGUCUUCCAUUUUACGGAUAUGCGUGGCGUUUGUUGGACGCGAAUAACCACGGCAUUUUUGCCCCUGCUAAUGGAUCCGGUAUAGGAACGUAUGGUGACCAAGGUUACAGCCAAAUAAAGGAUUUCAUAAGCCAAAACGCAGCUCAGACGGUGUACAACGCCACCGUUGUUACGAACUAUUGCUACUCCGGGAAGACGUGGAUUGGUUACGACGAUACGCAGAGUAUCUCCGCCAAGGUUUCGUAUGCCAAGACGACGAAAGGACUUCUUGGCUACUUUGCAUGGCAUGUCGGCGCUGACAGCAGUAAUUGGGCUCUUUCUCAAGCAGCUGCAAGUACAUGGGGAUGAACAUAAAGAUUACAGCUUAAAGUUGGUAAAUUAUCCAAAACAAGCCCACAAUAUGUAGUAUAGUAGUUAACUACUUCCAAUAAGGCCAAGAGCAUCUCCAAUAAAAAUAUCAAAUGUUAAUUUGCUGCCAGAUAAUAAUAUUUUCAA